AACUAACAUCUUCGACCUACAGGGGAGAAUAUUGUUGAUAACGUUAAUUUUCCUUUUCGAUCAAGUCCAAAGUCUCAGUACUGAACUUACUCGAGUACAUAAGAUCUUCUAGACGAGAUUGAAUAAAAAAUGUCCGGGCUACGAAUUCUAGUUGGAUGCAAAAGAGUAAUUGACUAUGCCGUUAAAAUCAGAGUUAAGCCAGACAAAACUGGGGUGGUUACAGAGGGUGUAAAGCACAGCAUGAAUCCAUUUGAUGAGAUAGCUGUGGAAGAGGCAGUGAGGAUGAAAGAAAAGAAAAUUGCUUCUGAAAUCAUUGCAGUUUCAUGUGGUCCAACUCAGUGUCAGGAAAUUUUAAGAACAGCUAUGGCAAUGGGAGCUGACAAGGCAAUUCAUGUUGAAGUUGACAACAAAACAUAUGAGUCACUCCAGCCCCUACACAUUGCUAAGUUAUUUGCUAAGAUUGCUCAAGAGGAAAAGGCAGAUAUAGUUAUCACAGGCAAACAGGCAAUUGAUGAUGAUGCUAAUCAGACUGGACAAAUGAUAGCAGCUUUGUUAAACUGGCCACAGGCCACCUAUGCCAGUAAAAUAGAGAAAACAAAUGAAGGGUUGAAGGUGACCAGAGAAAUUGAUGGAGGUUUAGAGACCAUUAAAGUCAGUCUUCCAUCUGUCAUUACUACUGACUUGCGUCUGAAUGAGCCACGCUAUGCAACACUACCUAAUAUAAUGAAAGCUAAAAAGAAGCCUCUAGUAAAGAAGACAGCAGCUGACUAUGGCAUUGAUCUAAAGCCAAGAGUUGAGGUGUUGAAAGUGGAGGAGCCCCCCACCAGACAGGCUGGAUCUAAGAUAGGAAGUGUAGAGGAGCUGGUCCAGAAACUAAGGGAGGCAGGGCUAGUGCCUUCAUAAGGUACAUACAGCCUGUCAGAAAGUUGCUUACAAUACGUUGAAUACAAGUCCUGCAAGUAUUUAGACAGCCUCAAGUAAAGUGCUCUGAUUUGUGAUACUAGAACAAUUUUGACCUUUUACAAUUGACUUUUAACCGAUGAAUAUAUUGAAUGAGGUAUAAAUUAAGUUUAAAAAAUAAUGUUAAGUGCUGCUUUUGAUUAUGAGCAAACAUUUUCUUUUAGUACUAUUCUGAUUUGAAGGCAUAAUCAAGUAAAGAUGUUGGUGGCUCUGUGAGUCACAGUAUUUACGAUGAAUAAAACGGUUUUUAACAUGAAA